AUGACUAGCCGCCGACAGUCUCCUUGCGGUCGUUUCCCACUGAGCACCCUUCAUUGGGGCAACGUUGGUCAUGGAACGCACAACAGUAAGCCUCCCACAAUACCUGCACCAAUAUAUCGAUAUGCUGCCCCGUCUGGACCUUGGCCAUGGAUGGACCUCGAGUCUGACAUUGUUCUAGAAACGGAGCUUGUUCCAACAAAACAUCCAGCAGAACAAUGGAAGUGGAGAGGAUAUCCUGAAAACUUGUUCGGGAACUGGGUCGCCAAUCGAGUUGCACGGUCUAAGAUGGUCGAAAAUUGUUCCAGGGAGCCUCGAGAAAAAUGCAAGAUCUAUCAUGUCGAUAUACUUGAAUCCGGAGCCUUCAAGUCAGUCAAGGACACCGAUCCACCUAUUGAGGUUGAUGAGAGCGCGUUAAGUCAGCUUUGGGAUCAGUUGCAGAUAGAGCCAACAGGUCUUCGUCUCCGAGUUUUGCUCAUCGACAAUAUGAAACACCCCGUGCUUCAGAUGCUAGGAACAAGGUACAACAUCGGACCGUGCUUUUUCACAUCCUCAUUAAACUGGAUCCCUUCUCGAUACCAAGAAGAAUUUGUCAAGAAAAAAGGAGAUCACAUUACGGUAACGCUGCUCUUUGUACGCACAGCUGCAUCGGACAAGCCUGUCGUGCCAUCGCAGAAUAAACACACCUCCUGUGGUGAAAAAGCUAUAGAAUCACAGGAGUCGCUUCGUCUACACUCCGUUCGCUCGCCAGCGGAGAAAUAUCUUCUUGAAGACCUGCUCGCUCUACACAUGAUAAGGUCAUCCGACCCUAGUGGUAGUACUAUCAUAUCUUACCACCCAAGUUCUCAAUGGAAUAGGACAACCGCGGAACGAUUGAGCAACUUGGUCCACAAAGUGGGAGAGAGCGUGUAUUGGCAGAAGAUAUUCAAACAGUCAAAGGAUCCAUCAUUAGUCUUCUUGGCUAUCCUUUGGUAUGCGCUUUACGCCUGGGACGAAUCCUUGGACCAUCUGUAUACUCACAUGAACUGGCUGGAAAUAAACGGACUAUCAACAAAUGAUAACAACCUCACAACUGAGUUGCACACUAUCCAGGCUCGACUGCUCCAUUAUGCUUCGCUUCUCGAGGAUUUCCGUAAAUCUGUGACCUUCCUCAGGAACACGCCGAAUCCCGUUCUAGAGUCCUCCGAAUUUACUGAUCAUGCAAGAAGGGACACGAAUAAGUUAAUACGCAAGGAAUGCGAUAACCUUCUGUCGGAGAUUGACAGGCUGGGUUUCCAAUUGACAAAUAUUACAGACCUCGCUAAAGCGACCGUGAACUUUGUCGACAGUCGACGGAUGCAAGAUUUGACAAUAGCAACAGUCCGUGAUUCGUCCGCUAUGAAACAGGCAGAUUUCCUACCUGACAAUGAUUUUUCUCCCUGCGAGCUUCGUUGCGGUACGCCUAAUUUCAUUCUCUCGAUGAUCGAUUCAACGACCUUCUUUCAGGCAGUAUUUGGUAUGAAUGUCAAGGAGAUUACCGACGAUGCCACGGAAACCUUGUUCCAUUACGCGGUUGUUUCUAUUGCGUUUACUGUGAUUACUGCAUGGCUCGUGGUUACAUUCCAGUCUCACUCUCCGUUCCACCAGCCAGGAUCUGGGUUUUGGUGGCGUCUUGCAUGGCCAUUUUCAUAUUUCAUAAGAUGCACGGGCCUGCGGCGGUUGUUUAGAAGCCAGCCCAGUGGACUUCCGUAG